CAAAAAGCCCUUAAACCCUUUUUUGGUGUAUCAGAUUCCGUAGCAAAAGACAUUCAGACUCUUCUUGUUCGUCUCAAUGUCUGAUAACGCAGCCAACAACAACAACAUCAUCAUCAUGGAGAAGAACCAGAUUUGUAAAGACGCCAUCGUGUCUGAACUACAGAAGAAGAAAGUUCAUCUCUUUUACUGCUUAGAGUGUGAAGAACUCGCUCGCAACAUCGCCGCCGAAUCUGACCACAUCACUCUUCAAUCCAUCAACUGGAGGAGCUUUGCUGAUGGAUUCCCAAAUCUGUUUAUCAACAACGCGCAUGAAAUCAGAGGCCAGCACGUUGCAUUCCUCGCUUCGUUCAGCUCUCCUGCGGUUAUCUUUGAGCAGAUCUCUGUCAUUUACUUGCUGCCACGCUUGUUUGUCGCCUCCUUCACCUUGGUGUUGCCUUUCUUCCCUACUGGCUCCUUUGAGAGGAUGGAAGAGGAAGGUGAUGUAGCUACUGCUUUCACCAUGGCUAGGAUUGUCUCUAACAUCCCCAUUUCGCGUGGUGGUCCCACUAGUGUAGUCAUCUAUGACAUUCACGCUUUGCAGGAAAGGUUCUACUUUGCUGAUCAGGUUCUUCCUUUGUUUGAGACUGGGAUCCCUUUGUUGACGAAACGUCUUCAACAGCUUCCUGAAACUGAGAAAAUCAUAGUUGCGUUUCCUGAUGAUGGAGCCUGGAAGCGUUUCCACAAGCUGUUGGAUCAGUACCCCACGGUGGUGUGCACAAAGGUUCGUGAAGGGGAUAAGAGAAUAGUCAGGCUGAAGGAAGGUAACCCUGCUGGUUGCCACGUUGUCAUCGUUGAUGAUCUUGUGCAGACUGGUGGUACACUCAUCGAGUGCCAGAAAGUAUUGGCAGCUCAUGGAGCAGCGAAGGUGAGUGCUUAUGUAACUCAUGGUGUCUUCCCUAAUAGCUCCUGGGAGCGUUUCACUCACAAGAACAACGGAGUAGAAGAAGCGUUUGCUUACUUCUGGAUCACAGAUUCUUGUCCACAGACGGUUAAAUCCAUAGGAAACAAAGCUCCUUUCGAGGUCUUGAGCCUCGCGGGAUCCAUCGCUGAUGCUCUGCAGAUUUGAAGCAAAAUAGAAGAUGAAAACCUGCUCUCUGCUCUGUCUUGGUGUUUUCUGUUUCCUUAGUGUUGUUGUACUAUUAAGAGAUGAUCACUUUGCUAAGACUUUGUUAAAACCUCAUAUGCUGUUCUUGACUUGAUCAAGCUUUACAAAAUUAAGAAAAGGCACACGUGUGGAAAGGAAGUGCCUUGUUUCACACGUGUGUAAAUCUCUUUUUUAAAAA